AUGACGGCGCCUCUCGGCCUCCCCCCGCGUUGGCCCGACGGUUUGGCCUGCCGCUGCGAGGAACCCCCCCGGGAAAAAAACCGCAUGGAAAGCUUAGGGCACUGCCGGGAGGUUCUCCCCCCGCCACCGGGGCUCGCCGUACCCACCGGAGCUCCGCCGGCGCCGCAGGGAGCAGCGUACGCCGAGCUGGCCGCCACGGAGCCCCCCCGGCAGUGCCCGUCGGGGGCGGCUUCCAGCGCUGCGCUGGGCUACGGGUACCCCUUCGGGGGGGGUUACUACGGCUGUCGCCUGUCCCACUCGCACGGGGUCAACCUGCAGCAGAAGCCCUGCGCCUAUCACCCCGGCGAGAAGUACCCCGAGGCCGGGGGGCCGCUGCCCGGCGAAGAGCUGCCGUCGAGGCCGAAAGAAUUCGCCUUUUAUCCCGGUUUCGCCAGCUCCUACCAAGCGGUUCCCGGUUAUUUGGACGUGUCUGUGGUCCCGGGGUUGGGGGCUCACCCCGAGCCUCGGCACGACGCUUUGCUUCCCAUGGAAGGUUACCAGCACUGGGCUCUUUCGAAUGGUUGGGACGGGCAAGUGUACUGCUCCAAAGAGCAAUCGCAGUCGGCGCACCUUUGGAAAUCUCCUUUUCCAGACGUGGUCCCCCUGCAACCCGAAGUCAGCAGCUAUCGGAGGGGGAGGAAGAAGAGGGUUCCCUACACCAAAAUCCAGCUGAAGGAGCUGGAGAAGGAAUACGCCGCCAGCAAAUUCAUCACCAAAGAGAAGCGGAGGAGGAUUUCGGCCACCACCAACCUGUCCGAGCGCCAAGUGACGAUCUGGUUCCAGAACCGGAGGGUCAAAGAGAAGAAAGUGGUGAGCAAAUCCAAAACAGCGCAUCUCCACCCCACCUGA